UGAUCCUCAAGGCGGGCGCGGCCCCGACUGCACCGUGCGCGUGCCCAUCAUCAGUAGACGGUUAUGCGGUGCAGAAAUCAAGGAGGAGAAACAGCGCUGACUGAGCCGGAAAAUCGGAAGUGACUUUCAGCAGAGACAUAUCUCAUUCGUUUUUAGUUUUUUUACUUGGCUGUGUGAUCUGGCAGAUGAGAAACCGUUCAUAUAAGAAGAUGGCAAGUGGACCAAAUCGGUGUUAGUUCCAGCAGGUCAUCCGUUUUGCCGUAGUCUGGUGUGCCACUGUGGAGGAAGCCUCCAAACCACAAGUGAAGUCGGUGUGAGAUUGUGUCUCAUCCCACAGUUCAUCCUGCUGAGGAGCUGCUCGGGACUGUUCGCCAGCUCCCUACUUGGGGCAGAGACAGCGCCCCUACCCUCCUGCCACAAUGGUGCUGUCACAGAGGCAACGAGAUGAACUAAAUCGAGCGAUAGCAGAUUAUCUGAGAUCUAAUGGCUACGAAGAGGCAUAUUCUGUUUUUAAGAAGGAGGCAGAGUUGGAUAUGAAUGAAGAGUUGGAUAAGAAGUAUGCAGGCCUUUUGGAAAAGAAAUGGACUUCAGUCAUAAGAUUACAAAAAAAGGUUAUGGAGUUGGAGUCUAAACUGAAUGAAGCUAAGGAGGAGAUCACUUUAGGAGGCCCUGUGGCACAGAAACGAGACCCCAAAGAGUGGAUCCCACGCCCGCCUGAGAAGUACGCCCUCAGCGGUCACAGAAGCCCUGUCACACGAGUCAUCUUCCACCCUGUGUUUAGCCUCAUGGUCUCUGCCUCAGAGGACGCCACUAUAAAGGUUUGGGACUAUGAGGCUGGAGAUUUCGAGCGGACCCUGAAGGGUCACACUGAUUCAGUGCAGGACAUCUCCUUUGACCAGACUGGAAAGCUGCUGGCUUCUUGCUCCGCAGACAUGACCAUCAAACUCUGGGACUUCCAGGGCUUUGAGUGCAUCAAGACCAUGCAUGGACAUGAUCACAAUGUGUCGUCAGUUGCCAUCAUGCCCAACGGGGAUCACAUAGUGUCUGCUUCCAGGGAUAAGACCAUGAAAAUGUGGGAAGUGGCCACUGGUUACUGUGUGAAGACAUUCACGGGUCACAGGGAGUGGGUGCGUAUGGUCCGGCCCAAUCAAGACGGCACACUGUUGGCUAGCUGCUCUAAUGACCAGACGGUACGCGUGUGGGUGGUGGCCACCAAAGAGUGCAAGGCGGAGCUGCGGGAGCACGAGCAUGUGGUGGAGUGCAUCUCCUGGGCCCCUGAGAGCGCACACCCUACCAUAUCUGAGGCUACAGGCUCUGAGAACAAGAAGAGUGGAAAGCCUGGGCCAUUCCUGUUAUCUGGAUCCAGAGACAAGACCAUUAAAAUGUGGGACAUAAGUACUGGCAUGUGCCUUAUGACACUGGUAGGCCAUGAUAACUGGGUGCGUGGAGUGCUGUUCCAUCCGGGUGGGAGAUUUGUAGUGAGCUGUGCUGAUGACAAGACCCUUCGUAUCUGGGACUAUAAGAACAAGCGCUGCAUGAAGACCCUGUGUGCCCAUGAACACUUUGUUACCUCUCUGGAUUUCCACAAGACUUCUCCUUACGUGGUGACAGGAAGUGUAGAUCAAACGGUCAAAGUGUGGGAAUGUCGCUGAACACCAUAGGAUCUGCCCCUUCCCUUUCCCCCCAGCACCACCACUUUGGCCACUCCCACACCUGCUCUUCAGGAUGCACUCAUUACUAUGGUUACCACCUCAUCCAGCUCUCUUCUAAUUACUAUUGUCCUUUUAUGUAAAUUACUCUGGAUGUAGUUUGAGCUUAUUAAAUGUUACACAAGACACUCACAAGGAGAAAAAAAAAUUAGUAAAAAGUAAAACAAGUAUUCUUGCAUGGUGAAUCCAAAACUUGUAUACUGUAAAUUUUUUGCUUCUCAUCAUCUAAAGAACCGUAGGGAUGCAGAGCACAGGUGCUGCUCUCGCCUCAAGCGUUUAUCAACAGAAGGCAGAAUGAUGCUGUUUGGGGAAUUCAGGAUACAGGGCACUCAAAACCGUUUCCGUUCUGUUGGACGUUUUUACGUUUUCUUUCCUUUGACGUUUGUCACAUUCUGCUUUACAGAAAAGAAAGACUUAACAUUUAAACUGACUGAAGACGAACAGUUUAACAUGUCUGUUCUGGGGGUCUGCAAUGUAUUUUAACCGUAUGAACGUCUGGAUGCGCAGUUCUCCCCUCUACAAGAUGAUUUGUGUUUGACAUUCGUCACUUUAAGAAGUGCUAAAUAGUAGGAUACGACUUCAGUUCACAUUAUUGAACCAUUCUCAUUCAAAGCUCAUCCAUGAAGUCCUUUUCUAUUUUAAAAACAGGUUUAUUGAAGCAGUUUAGGCAAGUCUGCAUGCUAUCCUGUUGGAUAAGGAGUGCAGAAAACACAAUAAGAGAAGAGGAAUCACUUUAAGGACAUGGAUCAGUAAAGUGCACUUGUCCCUGGAGGCAAUAGUGUUUCACGCAGGGUUUACAUUGUUUUGUUUUGGGGUUUUUUUGUACAGAAAAUAUAAUUCUGACACCCUCCAUUGCCACAUCUUGGUAAUGGAGGACCUUGAUAUACUUUAUUUACUGAUAGAGGGCAAGUGAAGUGCCAUUUUACUCAUUCUUAAUUGCGCACAUUCUCCAUUUUCAGGACUAUGGGACAAAACGCUUCACACAAAUGCAGCUACAUCUCAUUCACAUUCUGAUUUAGCACCUUUCCCAGCUUUCACUCUGACCGCCCACAUUCUGCCUCGCUAUUCUCAAAAAUGACUUCAUUUGUUCAUAGGUUUCAUUAACCCCCCCUCGUGAAACCCUCAACAUCAUUGAUAUAGCGCUUUCAUUGCUUUGUCAUUCUGCUUCUUGCCUGCACCAUUCGCUUGUGCGCAUUUGUAAAGAGUGCAGGAGACGUCGCCCGUACAGGCUUUUUGACGUGCUCCGUGGUACUGCUCAGUCACCAUGUGCCGAUGAGCAAUCUAGUCAGUCUCUUUUGAAUCGGGGAGGUUUUUGGCAUUGCAGAGGAAGAUAUCUGGACCUUGUGGAGUUUGAGGACGACACCUCCAUGGUAGAUCGACGUGCAAUAUCUAUAGGCUGCUCUGUGUUAACUAUUAAGGUGUGUAUGUGUUUUCUAUGAACACAUUUAUAGGAAGAUGGCCUCCUGAUCAGAUUAAUGGGGCAGACAGACAAAGAGUCUGACAGGAGCAAGUUUAAAAUGUUCUCCACUGGCUGCCGUACAUGGCAACAAUUAGCAUCUUAUAAGACUACAUCACUGGUGAGUAGUUUGCUGUGCUUGCUGGUCCGCAGCGUACUGUUUUGAACAGUAGAGUCAUGUAUGCCCAAACACUGCCAUCCCAAAGCUGUGUAUGUAGAAUCUAUGGGUGUGUGUGUGUGUGGGGACGUCACUUCCUGUCUGUGAGCACACAGCGGACUCUGACUCCAGCUAUUCGCUUUCUCUGCCUUGUUAAUGUACUGAGAAUCCCCAAUAUCGAGGACUUCAUUCUGCUUUUUGUGGUCUCACACACACUCAUGCACUCACAUAAAUAAAUAACUGUCCAUCAGUAUAUCUUGAUGUCAUUGUUUGCAACAUAAUUAAAAUAAUAAAAUAUCUGUAAAUAUAAA